AUGGGCGAGGAGAAGAAGAAGCUGUCGAUCUCCAUCGUGUGCAAGCGCCGGCCUCAGAAGACCUCCUCCCUCUUUGCUGCCAUCGACGAUGCCCCCUGCUCCGCGCCAGCUCCCGCCCGGCAGUACGUCGCCGAGUUCGACCCAUCCCAAACACUAACCCCGGCGGUGGCGCCUGUCGUCAUUGCGCCGCUCCCCAACUCGGGCAUUUUCGGCCGUCGCAAGCCAUCCCCACUCCUCUCCGCCCGUUCCACUGCCGCCGCCGGCCUCGCCGCCUUCGUCCUCGACACCUCCGCCGCUGACCCCUCCUCCAGCACCCAUUACGGCCUCACCCGCCGCGACGCGGCCGAUGCUUCCGACCGUGGCAUGGACGAAUUCCGCGACAUGCCCGUGGAGGGAUUUUGCGCCGCAAUCCUUGCUGGCUACGGCCUGAUUGUAACAAAGGGGGAGGAUACCAAGGUCGCCCGUCGUGGUGCAAGGCACGGGCUUGGCUACAACCCCUCUGAGCCCGACAAGGAUUGCAAGAGGUCCGGUAGAAAAAGGUCUAGAACAGAGGAGGAUUGCCAGGAGAACGAUAGCGAUGCCCGGCGCAAGAGGCCUUGUGGUGAGAAAAGGUCUAGAACGGAAGCUUGCGAGGAGCUGAGAGACGGCCGGGGCAGCAGCAGGGUGCGGUGGGUACAGAGCCACAUCAGGGUCCGGGUUGCCAGCGAGAAGCUGGGCAAACGGCUGUACUUGACAAAGGGGAAGGUUGUCGACGUGGUGUCGCCGACGACGUGCGACGUCGUGAUGGAUGAUGGUUUGAGGCUCGAGCAGGGCGUGGAGCAGGGUAUGCUUGAGACAGUGUUGCCGCCGACGAAUGGCCUGGUGCUCGUGCUCUACGGGGAACACAGGGGCGUGCGUGGGCGACUGGUCGAGAAGAACGCCGAGGAGGAGGUUGGAUUGGUGGAGGAUCUGGAUACCAAGGGUAUGAUACGUGUUGGAUACGACCAGAUGGCAGAAUUCACGGGCGAUUUGGAGUAG